AACACUGAACGAGUGGGCGGGACCGAACCGGGCCAAACGCAAACAUGGCGGCUCCCUUAGAUGAUGAUAUUGAGUCUAACAAUCAGGACUUCUAUUCACUGCUCAACGUUAGGAAAGAGGCCACAGCUGAGGAGCUAAAGGCAUCAUAUCGGAGGCUAUGUAUGCUCUACCAUCCAGACAAACACAGAGACCCAGAGCUGAAAAGACAAGCUGAGCAACUUUUCAACCAGGUUCACCAGGCUUAUGAAGUGCUGAGUGAUGCUCAUUCCAGAGCUAUUUAUGACAUCUUUGGGAAGAAAGGGCUGGAGGUGGAAGGCUGGGAGGUGGUGGAGAGGAAGAGGACACCGGCAGAAAUUCGAGAGGAAUAUGAAAGGCUACAGAGAGAGAGAGAGGAGAGGAGACUGCAGCAAAGAACAAACCCUAAGGGCACCAUCAGCGUUGGUGUGGAUGCAACGGACCUGUUUGACCGCUAUGAUGAAGACUUUGAAGAGAUGCCAGGAGGAGGCUUUCCUCAUAUUGAAAUCAACAAGAUGCAUAUUUCUCAGUCUAUAGAGGCUCCUUUGACGAACUCUGACACAGCAGUGCUGUCUGGUUCGCUCUCCACGCAUAAUGGGAACGGAGGAGGAAACAUUAACAUGACCGUGCGCAGGGUUAUGUCAGCCAAGGGCUGGGGGGAGGUGGAGUUUGGUGCGGGAGACAUACUGGGACCUCUUAUUGGGUUAAAGGUGUUUCGCAAUGUCACACCACGGUGUUUCAUGACAGCCCAGUGCGGUUUACAGUUCUCACCUCGAGGUUUGCGACCGAGUUGUUCUCUGAUGACAGCGCGGCACCUGGAUCAGAACACCAUGGGUUAUCUUCAGUGGCGCUGGGGGCCCAACAGCGCCAUGACUACCAGCCUCGUCCGAGACACCAAGAGCAGCCACUUUACUCUAGCUCUGCAGCUGGGCGUGCCACACUCCUACCUGAUGAUGAGCUACCAGUACAAGUUCCAGGAUGAAGACCAGACCAAAGUUAAAGGCUCUGUGAAGACAGGCUGGUUUGGCACUGUGGUAGAAUAUGGAGCAGAGAGAAAGAUCAGCCGACACAGUAUACUGUCAGCCACUGUCAGCAUUGGGGUCCCGCAGGGAGUUACACUCAAGAUCAAGCUGGCACGUGCAAAUCAAACAUACCUGUUCCCAGUCCAUCUGACUGAUCAACUGCUGCCCAGCGCCGUCUUCUAUGCCACUGUGGGACCUCUGCUGGUCUACAUGGCCGUCCACAGGCUGAUCGUUAUCCCGUACACACAAGCACAGAAAGAACAAGAGCUGGAGCUGCAGAGGAAGAGCUCUGCCACAGACAUCGCCAAGAAGAAGCAGGAGGCAGAGUCUGCUGUUCUGCUGAUGCAGGAGUCUGUGAGGAGAAUCAUAGAAGCAGAAGAAUCCAAGAUGGGCCUGAUCAUCCUGAAUGCUUGGUAUGGGAAGUUUGUGUCAGACACCAGCCAGAAGCAGGAGAAAGCCAAGGUCAUCGAUGUGACCGUGCCUCUACAGUGCCUCGUCAAAGACUCCAAACUCAUCCUCACUGAGGCCUCUAAGUCAGGGUUGCCCGGUUUCUACGACCCUUGUGUAGGCGAAGAGAAGAGCCUAAAAUUACUCUACCAGUUCAGGGGUGUCUUGCACCAAGUCAUCUCUGCAGACACAGAGUCGCUACGGAUACCCAAGCAAUCUCACAGAAUUGAGUCCGAGUCCUAGAGGGCAGUGCUGUCGGAGUACGGCGAGGCAAACGGACUGUGUGUGAACAGAAUAACCCAAGAAUGGAGGGGGUCACAUCGAAAAUAAGCUGGCCUCUCUCCUCUGGCCUUCUUCUGUUGUGACGUUAGCAAAUCCGAUAGUUCCUCCACUCCUCAUGUUUUCCUGUGGGCCAGCAAAUUCAGUCAGCACUGACAAGGUGUUGCCCUUUGUGUCCCCACACCUGAGAGAGCUGCUCAAAUACCUGCCUGCUGCAGGGGAGAAGACCCUACAACCCUACAGACCUACAACAUAGAUUUAUAUAUGCACUACACAAGAGGGCCUGACACUCCCUCAGUAAUGAGCUAAAAGUGGGGGCUCUACUUUACCCCAUAUUAUUGUAGUCUUUGUCCUAUAUGUGUAUCACAUUGAUAGUUUUGAUCUAAUAUUGGUAUGGCAUAGUCAUUGCAAUAAUUCAUGUAAAUGUUUCUGGUCACAGAUCACGUCUCACUAACCCCGAGGCUAGCCACGACUGAGGAAUGACUAAACUCGUGUUUUUUUUUUUUGUUUUUUUUAAAUUUCUCAUCAUCCGCUCAAAAAAAUCAUCCUAAUUUAUUUAUGAUUUUAGUGCCGCUAUCUGCUGCUCACUGUGGUGCCAGUCGGCAGGUGCUAACUGGUGCUCUGAACUUGUAUCUGUGAGGGCUGAGAUGUGGAAGAAAGGGGAGGGCUUGCUCGGGGAGGGAACGCGGGAGUUGCCCUUUAAUGGUAGAGUUCCAACUAAAGAGAGGGAGAGAAGCUCAAAUUCCACAUAUUGAUUUUUAAUAUCUAUUCUAGACUGCAAUUUAAAGGCAGAAAUUCAACUUGGAUUUGAUUUGCGUCAGUGUUUAUUGAUUGACUGUGCAGCUGCAGCCAAAACAGAAUUUUCUAUAAGGACUUUAAAUACAGUGAAGGUUAUAGUUUGUACUUCUCUGAUGUAUAUCUGGAACAAAUCCAGUGGUAGCACUAAAAUACUGGCAUGGAUUUGAAACACUUGAACUUGGACUAUUUUGUAAUUGGUUGGAUGCAAAUUGGAGAAGAUCAGCACUUUUGCCACAUGUAGCUCAUUUGCUGCUGAUGUAAUUAAUUGAGCUUAACACGUUGGCUAUGAAAUCAAGCCCAGCUGCAGUCACAGAUCAGAUGAUUCCCCCUUUACACUCCCCAAUUGUCAUAUCUGUAAUAGGGCUGUGCAUAUGCAAGCCACUUUACAACCCACCUCUACCUUUCAUGGUUUGUAGUGAUCUGAAUUGAUCAUUCUUAUACACUAUAUUGCCAAAAGUAUUCGCUUGUCUGGCUUCACACACUUUUGAACAACCCGUUUUUAAUUCACAGAGUUUAAUAUGAUGUUGGUCCACCCUUUGCAGCUAUAACCGCUUCAACUCUUCUGGGAAGGCUUUCCACAAGGUUUAAGAGUGUGUUUAUGGGAAUUUGUACAUUUGUGAGGUCAGACAUGAUGUUGGAUGAAAAGGCCUGGUCAAAUUCAUCCCAAAGGUGGUCCGUCAGGUUGAGGUCAGGACUCUGUGCAGGCCAGUCAAGUUCUUCCACACCAUACUUGCUCAACCAUGUCUUUAUGGACCUUGCUCUGUGCACUGGUCUGUAGUCAUGUUGGGCACAUGAAAAUGGGAAGCAUUAAGAGUUCCUUUAACUGGAACUAAGGAGCUGAGCCAAAGUCCUGGAAAAAGAACCCACACCAUAAUCCCCCUCCACGAAACUUUACACUUGGCAUGAUGCAGUCAGACAAGUACCGUUCUCCUGGCAACUGCCAAACUCAGACUCGUCCAGUGGAUUGCCACAUAGAGAAGCCUGAUUCAUCAUUCCAGAGAACACGUCUCCACUGCUUUAGAGUCCAGUGGCAACAUACUAUACACCACUGCAUCUGAAGGUUUGUAUUGUACUUGGUGAUGUAAGGUUUGGAUGCAGUUGCUCUACCAUGGAAACACAUUCUGUGAAGCUCUCUACAAACUGUUCUCGAGCUAAUCUGAAGGUCGUGAAAUUUGCAGAUCUGUAGCGAUUAACUCUGCAGAAUGUUGGCAGUCUCUGUGCACUACACACCUCAGCAUCUACUGACCCUGCUCUGUGAUUUUUAUGUGGCCUACCACUUUGUGGCCGAGUUACUGUCAUUGCCAAAUGCUUCCACUUUAUUAUAAUAACAGCUAUGGCAGUACUACGCUGGAAUUCACUGAGCUUCUGAGAGCGACCUGUACUUUCACAAAUGUUUGUAGAAGCAGUCUGUAUGCCUAGGUGCUUGAUUUUAUACGCCUGUGGUCAUGGAAGUGAUUGGAACACCUAAAUUCAAUGAUUUGAGUGGGUCAGUGAACACUUUUGGCAGUAUAGUUGUCAAUAAUAUCUUCUCUAUUUUGUGCCGGGGUCCUUCUGCUGCUCUCUGAGGUGGAGAGACCGUAGAACAGAGGCACAUGUUUCCAUUGACUCUAGUGGUUUUGGGCAACUGAACCGUAGCCUCACCAAAACCACAAAGCUAUAUUGUCUGAAUUAGGUGUUACAGUGUUUUUGUUAGUUUGUCAUAUAUUUUAAUUUAAUACUAUUCUCCCUGAAGCUUUCAUUGAAAACAAAUCAGACUCACACUCAUUUUAAACGACACGCCACUCUAUAGUUGCAGAGGGCUUGUAUUACUAUCCUUUAGAUGAUAAAAAGAAUAUUUUUCUCCCUUAUUCACAAAGCGUCGCCACUGCAGGUAGCACCACAAAGUUAAUUUGGCAGAUUUUCACACCACCUCAAUUCCUCGGGGAAUUCCAACACAUUCCCCAAGGGAUUUGUCUUCUCUUAGGACUGAACCCAGGAUCUUUUGCUUGCAAGGCGAAUGUGUUCUGAAGCCACUUUAGGUGGUCAUACGUGCACUAAUUCUCCUUGGCUGUAGUCAUUUGCUCCUCUUAAUGGUGAGGUUAAAAAGGCAAAAUAUCCUAUGAUAUACUUAACUGUUGAGAAACUGGUAGGUGAUGUAGCAUAAAAGUCCCAAAGAUUUUAAGAUUAGUUGCACCCUGCUCCUGUUUAUUUUGAUCCGUCUCCCUGUCCUAAACUGUUAUUUCUAUCAGUAAUCACAAUAAGCAGGUUCUAUAACUACAGUGGGUUAUUCAUGAGCUUUUAGGGAAAUGUAUUUUUUUUUUUUUGCAGAAAAUGCACAGCAUUUGGAACAAAUGUCAGAGGAUGACUGUCACCAAACCUCUAACUUUGGUACACUUUUACUAAACUGGAAUUUGCAUUAAGAAAUACUGAUUAAUGCAGGUGACUUCAUAUGGUGUCCUUUUGAUUUUAAUUAGUCCAUUUCUAUGAAUAGCAUACACAUCCAGAAGGUGUGGAUAGGCCUAAAAUAAUAAUGAUGAUAAUAAUAAUAAUAAUAGGUCAAGCACUGACAGGGUUAGGAGACAGCAAGUUUUGGUGUAGAGAAAGGGAGAGCUGUUAAACUGCUCUUUGGUUGGGUUUACUCUUCCAGCAUCCAUUUUGCACUAAUUGUUUGUAGUAUUUGUCUUAUGUUGUUUUAAGUGUGAUGUAAAGGUUUCUUGGUCAAGUCAUCUGUCACCUCUGCUCUGGUGCCACCCUGAGGCCUGCAGAAAGACUGCUCCCUGCUGUUACAUUCCAACCCAUCAUCCAAACUGACUGGUCGUAGUAUUUAAAUAUUAUGAAUGGUUUCAGGAGCCCAUUUUUGUGUCCUGUAAAGACAAUAAACAUGAUUAAAAGAU